UUACCUAAACAAACUAUGCACAAACGUGUGAUAAAACAUUUAGAUUCGUUUGCUGAUUCAAUUUUUAAUAGUAUUAAUGCUAUAUCUGAAAAAUGUAUUGAAAUAUUUCGUGAAAUAGAAGAAGAUAGAGAAUAUACAAAUAAUCUUAUAAAGACGAAAACGGAAAUAUCUCCCGUAUAUCGCACGAGAUUACCAAAACUCAUUCGAAUGAAUCAAGCAUUACUGAAGACAUUAGGCGCCUCGUCUCCAAAUAUAGACUUCCUUUGUAAUAUUGCGUGGAAGUACAAACUCGUGGGGAAGCUUACAGGCAAAGAUAAAGGUAGAUUGAUGUUCGUUUUGCUGCCAAUGAAUUUAAAAAUGCAAGGAUACAUUGCUGCAAUCACAGAAGAAUUCAAGAAACACAGUUUUUCUACCGUGACGACCGAGUUAUUUUGCGAUGGAGUGAGAUUGGAAUAGGAUGAUGAGAUUAAUCAUGUAAUAGAAAUGACUAAAUAUAAACAACGUAUCAAGAUAACGUAAUUUUAACAAAAAGGUAAAUAGUAGGCGAAAUAGAAAACAAU